AUGAAUACUGCAUCCGCAUCUGGUAAUUAUAUGACUGCUGCAUGGACUGCAGUUCCUCAAUUUCUACUCUCACCUUCGAAACAAUGGCACAUGUUAUCAGAUUGCUUGACGUGUUGUUGUCCAUGCAUAGCCUUUGGAAGAAUUGCGGAGAUUGUUGAAAAAGGAAGAUGGUAUGGCAAUUUGGAGGGGCAAAAUCGGGAAGUGACAAUGGCUUCACUUAUGGAAAAUGGCAUGAAAAGAUAG